AUGGAAAUCACUUGUGCCCAAGUUGAAUCCGAGAGCGACGCAGACCCUGACAUCAUUCCGUUGCAAGGCUGCCCCAGGUCUUCACCAACGCUCCCCUGCGCCGCCCCAUCCCCUGCCGCUACCCUGCUGCCCCCUGAGCGCUACAAGUACUCCCCUGUCCCCGCCCAUGUGAGAUGCGAGCCCCCGCAUCCCCCCCACCCCCACCACCCCUCGGGCCUCCCCCGCGCGGCCACCCUCCCCCGCAUCGUCAACCCGCACCACAGGCCAUACCCGGGCACGGAGGGUGACGUGCCCCCGCCGCCCCCUCCUCCCGAAUUCCAGAGCUCCUCCGACAAGAGUCCAAGGGCGCCUAGCUCCUCCUCCUGCUUCUCCAGACACUCGAGUCAGUCCACGUGUGAGCUGGACGCGCCCAGCACGCCGCUGCUGGGGAAGAGGGAGAGCUCCGUGUGA